CCAAGCCACGUUGGUAUUUUGGGCAAUAAAGAGGUGGAUAAAUUGGCCGUGUCUGCCCGAGGCUCAUCUAUAACAUUCAAUUGCUUACCCUACCAAGAUUUGAAACCGCUUCUGAGGAAAUCUAUUUUUCUCAAAUGGCAGCUGGAAUGGGAUACAGAGAGCAACAAUAAACUUCACAUUAUCAAGCCCAUUCUGGGCGUUUGGGAAAGCUCAUAUAACAGGGAACGUCGUGUGGAGGUUCUUCUGUGCCGUCUGAGAGUAGGUCACACCCGCGUGACACAUCAGUAUCUGCUUCAUGGUGAAGAUGUUGCACUAUGUGAACAUUGUGGAGAGCUUCUGACCGUGUUGCAUAUUUUGUGGCAUUGUUCGUCCCAUCAACCACUCCGUCAAUCAUGUUUUCUCGAACUUUUUAGGGAUCAUCUCCCAUUUCAUCCCUCUUUUUUGCUUGGUGAUAAACCUUUAGUUCCAUUCAGCCGUAUCUUAGACUUUUUGAAACAAACUGGAUAUAUUUACCAUUUGUAA